UGCAGGUGCUGGAGGUGCAGAGUGUCUGUGAGAAUCAUCCUGGAACAGAAGUCUCUUACAGGCAACAAUGGGACUUGAGAAAAUGGAAAUGGAAGACACAGACUCUGCUCUGAUGGAGAAGGGCAAGAAGCCGCCUGUGUCCAAACCUCCCAACAAAUAUGAGAAGCUGUUCCAGCCCUGCCUGGCCGAGAUAGUGGGGACCAUGUUCUUCGUUUUCAUCGGCUGUGUGUCUGUCAUUGAGAAUGUGCCAGCGGCUGGACGGCUGCAGCCGGCCCUGGUGCACGGGCUGGCUGUGGCAGUGAUGGUGGCGGUCAUGGAUAACAUCAGUGGCUCCCAUUUCAACCCUCCCUUCACUAUUGCCAUAUACCUGUGUGGGGGCAUGGAGCUGGCCAUGGUGGGACCCUACCUUGCCAGCCAGCUGAUUGGAGGAGUUCUGGGAGCUGGAAUGGCCAAGAUAAUGACCCCUGCCGGUCGCUACAACAACGCCACGGGAGCAGCGUUUGAUAUCCUCAAGUCAGAGAGUCAGCUGUCUGGAGCCAUCUUUGGGGAGGUGGCCAUGACCUGCUUGGUCACCAUGGUGGUGCUGCUGGUGGCGGUCAACGGCAAGACAAAAACCCCGCUGGCUCCAUUCCUAGUUGGCUGUACCGUCAUCAUUAACAUCCUGGCAGGGGGUGAUGUAUCAGGAACGUGUCUCAACCCUGCCAGGGCUUUCGGUCCAGCUGUGAUGACCAACUACUGGAGCUACCACUGGGUUUACUGGGUGGGGCCCAUUGGAGGAGGUCUGUUGGCCGCAGCUUUGCUCAGGCUUAUUCUCGGCGAUGAUAAGUUACGAAUUGUUAUGAAAUCAUAACAGCCUCUGAUGUGUGUUUAUUGCCAUAUAAACGACAAUAAAACUGUAAUGUCUGUCUCAUAUACUUUGGAUUCAUGAUGUUUGAUGCUGUACUUUUAUUUUAUUUUCU